CCAUUCUGUCGUCAUUCAUCAACCCCCAAGUAAUCGCAUAUUGAUUCCCUUUCAACUGUGUCGCAAAGCCACAAAAAAAACCCAAACCCCAAAACGACCAACACAACAGUAAAACCACACAUACCUAUACAUACGGACCAUGGCCGAAGACAGACAACCCCCUGCCAUCGUCGAGGGCGCCACGACGGGCGAUGUGGAGGACGAGGUCGAGCAGACGGCCAAGUCGGCCGAGGACCGCAAGGCUGCCGCCGCCAUGGCCGCCCUCGACGCGCGGGACGAGGACGCGACGAACAAGAACGUCGACCAAGAGGCCGUCAGCAAGGCUAUGAGCCAGCUCAAGACCGAUGCAAACGUCAAGAAGGAUGUCAAAAAGGCCGUCAAGGUUGAUGCUGCUGAUGUGGCGCUGCUUGUUGAUCAGCUCGAGCUCACAAAGCCCAAGGCUACAGAGCUGCUAAAGCAGCACGACGGAAACGCGGUGACUGCCAUGCGGGCGUACAUUGCCAUACAUUAACAAUAGGUGGCAACAUCGUCAAGACAACUCGAAUUCUUGACAGCUUCAUACCAAGUUUCGGAGGGCUCAUACCGAGGUGCCCACUGUCCUACAUGGUCUCGGUCUAUCGGAUAAUGUAGCCCACCCAUUGCAUGACCAAGUUCUGCCAGCCCUCUGAUCUGAUAAGGACUCGUACCGCAACGAUACCUCAGCCGAGGGUUACACGGAUCACAUCACUCUGACGCUACGGAUACGUAGAGAGAAACGACGAGUGGCAAUCACAAAAGAUUUCUGGGAGCCAUUCUGAUAGUACGGCCGUGAUAUAGAGCACUACGGGACACGUUCAUACUAUCGCCCAUAAAUGUUUCCAAAGGGUCCAAUGGGGCAAAAAUCGAUGAACUAUAAAUCAGUGUACCUGCAACAGGCAGGCGUAGGGAUUUAUGGGUUAGUGCUGGUAAAUUCACGUCAGAUAGCAAGCGGCUUGCACAGAGGCCGGCUUUGUUAAUAGACCACGUGUAGGUCACGAGCAGAACGGCGUUGUUAUAUACCAUCAGUAGUGCCCUGCGGUUUGUCCUCCUGAACCUGAAUCAACCCAAAUAUCCCCCAACUCCGGUAAAUGAAGUGCCAAACAGCCCAAGUCAUUGUUGUGCAAGACCGAUAAUGAGCGACAGGCCACAUAUGGACGCCAGAAAAACACGAAAAUAAAAGCUAAAGCAAACAAACCCCCGAUAACUAGGCGGCAGUCUAGUCCCCUAGCUACCCGAGAGAAGGUUAAUGGAAGAAAAAGUGAAACCAUAGAGCAACAAAUCCUGAACUCCAUCCAAACCCUGACAACAAGAGGUUCAAUGCUUUGGAAUGUAAUCCCCAAAAUACCAAAAAAAAAGACAUGGAAAAAGAAAACACCGACCCUCAAUGAUAGCAUCAGGGCCAAGUCUUGGCCAACGGGCUGCCGAUUUUAGGUGCAAAUUGUAAACUCUUCCUUCGCGCAGCCAUCAAACGCUGCAGCACACCCUCGUCCUUCUCCCUGGCUAGGAGACCCUCACCGAGCAACAUGAUGCCACCCGCAGGUUUUGGCGGGCACGUCCGCAUCAUUAGCUCAUCCCGGCUCAGCGACAGAGUCUCAUCGUCGACCGAUGGCGUAUCGGGGGUCACAUUGGCAGCAUAGCGCGCAAUAGUCUCGGGCGCCGGCGUCUUGGGUACCGGCAUGAGCAUGCUCUCCAGCUCCCAGUCUGCAUCGGCGUCGUCAAAGUCACCAUCCUCGUCCCCGUAGAUGCUGCUGGCGCGGCG